GACGAUUUGUUCAAGCAGGUGUUCCUUCGGUCGAUGGGACCACGCUGUUGUCACAUCAGCUCUACACGAUAAGAUCGCCCACCGCAGCGGAACAGUUGGUCGAUCUGCAGGUGAAUGACUUUCGUCAUGAUUUCUACGUCGAAAACGAUAUGCAGCACACGGACGAAAGAAUGAAUCUGCAAUACUACCAGCUCAACAAAAAUUAUGACGCAGACUCCUGGCUGCAAGAACACUUCGCCGGGGCCGGUCUGCACAACAUCGACGCGACUUCGCCGACCUCCAACGUCUCGUCCACCGUGAAGAGGAUGCUCUCCAGUGCGUAUGAGACCGAAGGGGACUGCUUCUUUUCUCG